AUGAGUAACGACGACGCAGCGUGGAUCGAUUCCUGGCGGCACUCGGUCCCAAGUCGUCUUGAACGAGAAGAUCCCUUUGAAAAUGACGGCUUCGAGGCAAGGUGCUCAACCAGACUGACAUUCCGAGAGCCAGAUCCGCCGCCCAGGUCAGCAAAUCGCGGCUUCUUCCGGUCCAUGACGCCAUUUCGACGGUCGACUGUCCAAGAAGCCGCAACCGAUCGACCCCAGGCAGGACAUGAAGUGCUUGAGCAAGACUCGCUGCAGAGAUUCGACACGAGGAUGUCCACACGUUGCGAUGACAAGGGCAAACGAAACUUUCUGGGCCUCUUCUCGAGGAAACGGAAACAGAGGAGUCCUAGCCCGUCGCGUCGUCUGGCGAUGGGUGGUUCACUGCGACUGAGAGUUCUGUGUGUUGGCGACAGAGGGUGUGGGCAGACGGCGCUUCUCUAUCGUGCGAAAUUCGGGAGAUUUGUAGACACGGCGGCGAUUUCCCGAACGCCGUACGAGACAUAUAUCCUCGACAAACGGUACCAUUGCCCGGCCACCAUGGAGCUAUAG